AUGGGUGCAAAACAAUCUCAGGAAAGAAAAUCAUAUUUAGAAGACUAUCCCGACCCCCUUGGGCAUUUCACAUCGAUAUAUAACAUUGAAAACAUCAGUUCCAUAGUCGCAAAUAGACACCAAAACUCAUUGACAACUGCGAAAUGGUUUGUCAAAAUGAAUAUUCAUUUCACACAUGGUAUACGGAUGCCGGAGGGAAUGGAAGACUCACUUUUUCUAGUCAUUUACUGUGGAGUCUUGUGUACAAAUUCCAAAUAUUGGAGAAUAAAGGCCAAUGUGAAAUUCGUUUUACACGAUUUGAAUGAUGUACAAAACUCGGUGGAAUACCAUUAUGGGGAUGUAUGGUUUGAUAACUACAAUCACGAGAUGCCAGUAAUUUAUCAAGAUACUAAUAUUAGUUUGGACAGUCUUCUAAAUGAAAAUCUUGGAUUUGUGAAGAAUAACGAGAUGAAAAUGAGUACGGAUAUUCGAGUUUUGAAAGUAGAAGGAUUCCACCAACCAACUGUUGUCAAUUAUAGAGUACCUCCAACUGAUCCGUUUUAUCAACUGAUUUUUGCAUAUCCAAAUGAGAACUUAUAUGUCAAUAAGGAGAUGUUGAAUGCCCAUUGCAUAUUGGAAUCUCAUCAUACACAGGUCCGUGAUCUCGACGAGAUAAAGUUCAACAGACCAUCACCUGGAGAGAUUGAAGAGUUUUUAGAUUGUAUUUAUGGCUUUCCAAUACCGUCAAUCUCUCGCGGAACGCUUCCCUUUUUUCUUAGAAAUGCCAAAAGUCUUAGACUGAGAUCACUGGCACAAAGAGCAGCUCAAACUAUUGUCAAUGAUAAGGCAGUUGAUGUAUUCACUAAAGCGGAAGUGAUCAUUGCGGUUGAUUUUGAUAUGAGAAGAGUUGUUCAUGCCUGGCUGAAUAAAAAGAAAUCGAUCAGUAAAAAUGAUUUGGAAGAUUUUAAUAUCGAGAAGAUGUCCGGAGAGACAAUAAAGGCUAUUGUGAAGAGAGUUCUCAAGUUCGGUGGAUGGGAGAAAGAAGAAGAAUGA